GUAUGUACCAUGAUUUGAAAAAAUUUUAAUAUGCAAAUGGUUUUCAUGUGAAUUUUUUAUUCUGUAUAAUCCUAUGUAUAAAUAUGUUAGUAAAUCAUAAUACUAUCAUUUGAUCCUUCCAUUUCAUAACACACUAUUAUUGCAACGUCAAAAAGGUCAACAUGAUAUGUCAAAACUCAAAAGUUUAAGAUUUGUAGGGUUGGAAAAUUAGUGCAAUUAAACUUUUAGUUUUCAUUUACUUGAAAAAUAGUAAGUUAUCAAAAUUGUAAUUCCAAAUCAUCUGCUGAUUUCUAUUAAAAUCGAUUUAAAACAUGUCGGCGAAAGCAAUACGAGAAGCAACUGGAAAACAACUAAUUAACAAAAAUCUUGGUGGUAAUACGGCUGCCGCACAAUGCAGAUUUGCAUCUGUAAAUGAAGAUACUAAAUUUUCGGAAUUAAUAGCUAAUAAUCCAUGGUUAAAAACCGAAAAAUUAGUCGUCAAACCGGACCAACUCAUAAAAAGGAGAGGAAAAUUAGGUCUUAUAGCUGUAAAUAAAGAUUUAGAUGCGGUACAACAAUGGAUAUCCGAACGUAUGAACAAAGAUCAAAAAGUCGGUAACGCCACGGGAAAAUUGCGUAACUUCAUCAUCGAACCGUUCAUACCGCACAAAGAAGAAGAAGAAACGUACGUCUGCAUAUACUCACAUCGUUACGCCGAUACUAUUUUAUUCUAUCAUCAAGGAGGUAUCGAUAUAGGAGACGUCGAUAGUAAGGCUGUUAAACUUGAUGUGCCUGUUGGAGAAACUGUUGAUGAAGCUACUAUAAUCAAGGUACUGCUAGGACAAGUGCCCGAAAAUAAAAAACAAAUGAUCGCUAAUUUCAUAGAAAAUCUAUACAAGUUGUAUGUGGGAUUAUACUUUACCUAUCUAGAAAUAAAUCCACUAGUUGUGACAGAAAAGGAGAUUUUCAUUUUGGAUUUAGCUGCGAAAUUGGACGCUACCGCUGAUUUCAUUUGCAAACCGCAAUGGGGAGAAAUCGAUUACCCACCUCCAUUUGGAAGAGAUGCUUUUCCAGAGGAAGCAUACAUUGCCGAUCUGGAUGCAAAGUCAGGGGCUAGUCUUAAACUCACUAUUUUAAACAAAUCUGGAAAAAUCUGGACGAUGGUAGCCGGAGGUGGAGCAUCAGUUAUUUACAGUGAUACCAUUUGUGAUUUAGGAGGAGCCAGCGAAUUAGCUAAUUAUGGAGAAUAUUCAGGUGCCCCCACUGAACAACAAACGUACGAAUAUGCCAAAACUAUUUUGUCCCUGAUGACCCAAGAAAAACACCCGCAAGGAAAAGUUUUAAUUACUGGAGGAGGUAUCGCCAAUUUUACCAAUGUAGCAGCUACUUUCCGAGGUAUUAUUACAGCAUUGGUCCAGUUCAGAGAAAGAUUAAUCGAACACAAAAUCUCUAUAUUUGUAAGAAGAGCCGGACCCAAUUAUCAAGAAGGUUUAAGAAGGAUGAGAGAAGUUGGACAAACACUAGGUAUUCCUUUAUACGUAUUCGGUCCAGAAACCCACAUGACCGCCAUUUGUGGUAUGGCUUUGGGUACAAGACCAAUCCCGCCGGAAAAUCAAGUGGAAACGGCAACGGCAAAUUUCGCCUUACCGAGCGGCGAAAAAGAACCGAACAAACAACGACUCUCAUCCGAAAGUAAAGAUACCCCCAAAUCUUCAGCAUCCACUAGAAACGCUGUGGGAAAUUUACCAAACAGCCUACUCUCAUCAUCAUCAUCACCACGACAAGCGGAGGGAGAUGGAAAGGUACUACCAAUGUUCACCAAUACUACAAAAGCAAUAAUUUGGGGUAUGCAAAAUCGCGCUGUUCAAAGUAUGCUCGAUUUCGAUUUCGUUUGCAACCGAAACGCUCCUAGCGUAGUAGCCAUCAUUUAUCCAUUCACCGGUGACCACAAACAGAAAUUCUAUUGGGGACACAAAGAAAUUCUUAUACCAGUUUAUAAACAAAUGAAAGAUGCCAUGACAAAACACGCCGAUGCCGACGUACUCGUUAAUUUUGCUUCACUUCGUUCGGCCUAUUCGAGUACCGUCGAAACUAUGGAAUAUCCACAAAUUAGAACUAUUGCAAUAAUCGCCGAAGGAAUUCCGGAAAAUUACACCAGGAAAUUGAUUAAACUGGCUGAUGAAAAGAAAGUUUCUAUCAUUGGACCGGCCACUGUAGGAGGGCUCAAACCGGGGUGCUUCAAGAUCGGUAAUACUGGUGGUAUGAUGGAUAACAUUCUACAUUCCAAAUUGUAUAGACCCGGUAGUGUAGCUUACGUAUCCAGAUCCGGUGGUAUGUCUAAUGAGUUGAACAACAUCGUAUCCAAAGCAACAGAUGGUGUUUACGAAGGUGUAGCUAUUGGUGGAGACAGAUAUCCGGGAACCACCUUCAUGGAUCACAUUAUGAGAUAUCAAGCAGAUGAUAACAUUAAAAUGAUCAUUUUACUUGGAGAAGUAGGAGGCACAGAAGAAUAUCAAGUCUGCCAAGCUUUGGAAUCCAAAAAGAUCACUAAACCAUUAGUAGCUUGGUGUAUAGGUACGUGUGCUGGUAUGUUCACAUCGGAAGUUCAAUUUGGACACGCAGGGUCAUGUGCAAAUUCUAAUCUAGAAACUGCUACUGCCAAAAAUGAAGCGCUGAAAAAUGCCGGUGCUUACGUACCAGAUUCAUUCGAUUACUUAGGUGAUAUAAUCUCUAAGGUAUAUGAACAACUUGUGAAACAACAUGUUAUAAUACCAGCUCCAGAAGUACCUCCUCCGACGGUUCCGAUGGACUACAGCUGGGCUAGAGAACUAGGUCUUAUUAGAAAACCUGCUAGCUUCAUGACAUCUAUUUGUGACGAAAGGGGACAAGAACUGAUUUAUGCAGGCAUGCCAAUUUCGGACGUACUUCAAAAGAACGUCGGUAUCGGAGGUGUUAUAUCACUUCUUUGGUUCCAAAGAUGUUUACCACCGUAUGUAUGUAAAUUCUUCGAGAUGUGCUUGAUGGUUACCGCCGAUCAUGGACCGGCAGUAUCAGGAGCGCACAAUACGAUAGUAUGCGCCCGUGCCGGCAAAGAUUUAGUUUCGAGUUUGGUGUCGGGUUUAUUGACGAUUGGUGAUAGAUUCGGUGGAGCGUUAGAUGGUGCAGCUAAGACUUUCAGCGAAGCUUAUGAUAAAGGAAUGCAUCCAGCUGAAUUCGUUAACCACAUGCGUAACAAAGGGGAAUUAAUCAUGGGUAUCGGCCAUAGGGUAAAAUCUAUAAACAACCCCGAUCAACGUGUAAAAAUAGUUAAAGAAUUCGUAAUGGCUAAUUUCCCAGCAACCCCUCUUCUUCAAUACGCUCUUGAAGUAGAAAAGAUCACGACUAGUAAAAAACCCAAUCUCAUUCUCAACGUUGAUGGAGUCAUCGCUUGCACUUUCGUCGAUAUGUUGAGAAACUGCGGUAGUUUCACUAGAGAAGAAGCACAAGAAUAUAUUGAUAUUGGUUCAAUCAACUCAUUAUUCGUUCUUGGAAGGUCUAUCGGUUUCAUAGGGCACUAUAUGGACCAAAAGAGGCUAAAACAAGGAUUAUACAGGCACCCAUGGGAUGAUAUUUCAUACGUUCUUCCGGAACAAUAUAAUAAUGAUAAUUAAAAAAAAUGCAUUUAAUAAUUUUUAAAUAUAUUUGGUCUAUAAUGACGUUGAUACACUUACCCCUACAGCACUAUACGUUGAAAAUAUUUGUGUCUAAAGCACUUGAAAAUGAGAUCCCAAAAUUAUGUGAUUAAUUUAUUUCUAAAUCAAAUGUUAUAAAUAAAAGGAUUUAAUUUUUUUUUUCUCAAAAAUAUCUGUUUCGACUAGUUUUCGGUUUCUUAGUUUGUUACACAAACAUUGAUUAUUGCGAAAUUUGUAUAGUGCGUAUUAACAAUUAAGUUAAAGUGUUUUCAUGUUAUUUUUUGAAAAAUUUGUUAUUUAUUUUUUUAUAAAUUUGUUUAUCAAUUUGCAUUUAUGUAAAUACUAAAAUGUUUGUGAUUUCCAAUAUUGGACAGAUAUUCCAAAUCACAUUAAAUUUUCUAUAUUUUUUGUUCCCGAGGUUUAUAUUUAAAAUGGCCAUUAAAAUAAUAUAAGAGUAAA